UCAGUGAUCUGAUCCGAAGCCGGCGUCUUUUGUCUCUGUGCUUGCAGUUAAACCAUGUAAUCCGCCGUGUACGGGGACAUUGAGGCUCCUCGGUGUCUCCCGAAAAAAACCGAGCGAAACGGCAGCAACGCAGCGCGGCGCAGCGGCCGUGAGGUUUCCCCAUGGAGCACGACCGCAGGAGUUCCGAAGUUCCGACUUAGUGGCGCCGAAGGAAACGACUGACGAGGCGGGUGAAGCCGUCUUUCCGCUGCGGUGGACGGGGUGUCUGCGGACCGCUCUCCAGCUUUUACGGCAGGAAAUGCCCGAUAUUUUUAGACAUGCCGACUCCUGCUCUGGCGAAAGUCUCUUCCAAGUGACCCAUCGGAGGAUCGUCCAUUGUCUCUCUCAGCGAGGAGAGUGAACUGAUCGGAAGAAAGGUAAAGAACUCCGGCCCCUGCAGACGCUGUCUCAGACGUAAGCACACACUCAGACGUAAGAGGGACCCAGUCCUGGGGACAGGAAGACAACAUGGCCUUCAGCUCACCAACUGGGAAUCCCCCCAGCAGCCUUACAGACAGGAGCGGUAGCUUCUUUAAGCUGAUAGACACAUUUGCAUUGGAGAUCGGGGAGCUGAAGAAGGAGAUGGUUCAGACCUCUCCGACUGUGGUUAAGGAGCCCAUGGAACUACAGGGGCUGGAGAGUGAGGUGAGUGGUGUUUACCUGCAGUCCCCCCACUGUGGCGGGGUGGGGGGUGAAAGGGACUCUGGGUACGACUCCUUGCGAAGGAGGAUGAGCGUGUUGGACAGGCUGAGUCAAACCCACCCAGUGUGGCUUCUGCUGGCGGUCAGUGAAGAGGAGGCCAGUCGCAUACUGCUCAAACAGCCACCAGGGGUAUUCCUGGUCAGGAAGUCAGCUACUCUGCAGAGAAAGGUUCUGUCUGUGCGGCUGAAGGAGGAUCCGUCAGGAACUCCCAUCAGCCACUUCCCCGUCAGAGAGAGCCUGUACACCUUUUCUCUCGAGGGAUCUGGGAUAAGUUUUGCAGAUCUGUUUCGCCUGGUGGCUUUCUACUGUAUUAGCAGGGAUGUCCUGCCUUUCACAAUCAAACUCCCGGAAGCCAUUGCAUCUGCCAAGACUCAGAAAGAACUGGAGGAGGUGGCUCAGCUUGGAGCAGGCUUCUGGGACUCUUCCUUGUGCAGUCAGCGGCGCACCUCCCCCCAUCCCUGUCGCCCUCUGAGCCGUACCCUCAGCCCCCAGCGAACCAACAGGAACAGGGAGGUCAGGGGGUCACAGCAGAGACACACCGGGGCUUACUGCGAUAGUGCGCCCCCAACCCUACAGUCCCACGCCCCUCCACCUUCCUUUCAUCUGGAAGGAAGACAUUCCAGUGGUCCUUUGUGCUUCCUUAACCCACUGUUUCUCCAGACUCAUCGACACCACCACUGCGAAGAGGAUUCUCCUUCGAAUGCUGUCAAGUCCAAUAACGACCUAGAGAAUGUGGGAAAAUUUUCCGUGAAGCCGAUAAGCAGCAGUGAAGGUAGCGAGCAACAUAUACACAAGAUCAAACUGAACGGCAAAUCAAGGCCCCCUCCCCCCCGCCCCCCUCCCCCCCGCUCAAUGCCACGCCGGCGCCCUGCCCCACCUCCACCUGGACCUCCAGCAGCUACCACCAGGCCGAAGAGCAUGCCAGAGGCCAUUGUUGUGGCUGCUAGGCAACACCAGUCCCCCAGCAGGCGCCCAGCACCCGUUCGACCACCAAUAGGUGCCAAGCACAGCAGCCUGUCCAAAAGUGGCAGCACACCAAUCCCUGUGCCUUUAAACCCACCACCGCCAAGGCCUAAAAAGCCUGAUCUGGAAGCUCACCGCUGCCACAUUGCCCUGGAUGAUGACACCAUCGCCAAGGCCUUGUCUCGUGCCAAGCUUUCACCUUGCCAGCCUCCACAUGCUGACCCUGCUGAUGUACUACUGGAGAAUAAUGCUGGGAGUCCAUCCAGUCCUAAUGAGAGGGGACGCCAGCGGCUCAGUGACAUGAGCAUGUCUACUUCUUCCUCUGACUCACUGGAAUACUCGCAGUCUCCUGGAUUCUCCCUGGGCCUGGCCCCCAGCCCGUCUCGACACCUUAACCAUCAAGACCCAGUGGAGGACAGCAGUGAGGAGGAUGAGGAUGGGGAAGAAGAUGAAGAGGAAGACUAUGGGGUCGGCCUGGAGACAGAUCUAGAGAUGCGCCUCCGUCCAUCCUUUAAAGCGCGGAAGCGUGGAAAGGUUGGUGUGAGCCUGAGUGGGGGGUCCUUUAUCAUCCCCAGGGCCUUGAAAGGACGCUUUCGCAAGGUGAGUGGCAUGCUGAGCUCCCUCAUGACACCGGAGAGACGGGCAGUGAAAAGGAUUGCUGAGCUGUCCAGGGACAAAAGCUCCUAUUUUGGCUCCUUGGUUCAGGACUACAUCAGCUUUGUUCAGGAGAACCGAGGCUGUCACACAUCAGGGAUGGAUUUUCUGCAGACUCUCAGGCAGUUUAUGACGCAGAUGAAAGCUUACCUGCGCCAGAGCUCUGAGCUGGACCCACCUAUAGAGUCACUCAUACCUGAGGACCAAAUUGACCAGGUGCUAGAGAAGGCCAUGCACAAGUGUGUCCUGAAGCCUCUGAAGAGUGUGAUUGAGGUGGCUUUACAUGACUUCCAGGUAAGCAGUGGAGCUUGGCAGCAGCUGAGGGAGAACCUGGCACUGGCUAAGACCAAGAGGCCCCAGGAGCUGGGGGUGGAUGGGGCCGUGCCCCCUGAUCCCGUAUCUAUUGAGAAAAUCCGCCACAAAUUCUUAAAUAUGAGGAAGAUGUACUCCCCUGAGAAAAAGGUGUCUCUGCUGCUGCGUGUGUGCAAACUCAUCUACACCAUCAUGCAGGAUAACUCAGGGAGGAUGUACGGUGCUGAUGACUUCCUGCCCAUUCUGACUUAUGUGGUGGCUCAGUGUGACAUGCCUCAGCUGGACACAGAGAUCCAGUACAUGAUGGAGCUGCUGGACCCAUCUCUGCUUCAAGGAGAGGGAGGGUACUACUUGACCAGCGCCUACGGGGCCAUGGCCCUUAUCAAGAACUUCCAGGAGGAGCAAGCGGCCCGGGUCCUGAGCUCCGAGGCCAGGAACACUUUGCACCAGUGGCACCGCAGACGCACUGCUCAGCGUUCAGUGCCAUCUGUGGACGACUUUCAGAACUAUCUCCGUGUAGCCCUGCAGGAAGUGGACACAGGCUGCACGGCCAAAACCCUGGUCGUCCACCCUUAUACCACCACAGAAGAGGUCUGCUCACUCUGCGCUUACAAAUUCAAGAUCCCCGACCCUGAGAACUAUGCACUGUUUCUGGUCACUGAGGACACCACCCAGCAGCUGGCCCCGGACACAUACCCUCAGCGCAUCAAAGCCGAGCUCCACAGCCGGCCCCGUGCACAGAUCUUCCACUUUGUCUACAGGACGGUGCCUAACCUUAACCUCUGUAUCCCUGCUGUCAUGCAAAAUGGAAACUGCCUUCAAAUUGAAUAGUGGAGGAGAACAUAACAGCUUCCUGCACUCAAACUAUUGUAGUUGGUAUUCUUGUGGUGCUUGUAGAUGUUUGUUUUGUUGAAAGAUUUGAGGAUGUUUGAAACAGAUGUGCGGAGCAGACACCAAACCGUAUAUUGGCAUAUUGAUGCAGAUGUUAAAUAUGAGAAUUUUGAUGCCAUGCAAAUGACAGGGAGAUUUGUUUUUAUGAGAAACAACAAAGUGAUAGGAUGGACUCUGGAAAGUGCUGGUGUUUUAAGUCUAGCACCUCAGAAAUGGGGCUCAGAUAUAGGACGAAAAGGCAAAAUUAUGAUAACACUUGUUCAGUUUAGGUUUUUUCGCAAGUUAUCAACAAUUCAACCACUUAGAGUUGACUUAGCCUGUAUCUGAUUUGGUCAGAGCCUACACCGUUCAGCCACAACAUUAAAACCAGAUGCUAGUUUUAAUGUUGUGGCCUGAAUGUGUAUGCUGAGCAGAAAUUCUUGGAUCGUGUAUGGAGACUGAUUUGCAGGAUUUUUGGUAAGGGAAAUUUUAUAUGGAGAUGAAACGUUCUUCACAUUGUUGGACAUGCAUAACAUCCUCAAAGCAGAGGUCAUACAGUAAAAUAUUGCAAUUUAUGUAACUAACUUUUGCCUUAACUGCUGUUAUCCCAGGUGCCUUCAAAAGGAAUUGAAUAUACUGUAUGCUACUGAAAGCUUUCAGCUGCCAUCCAGUGAUUAGUCAUCUUUCAUCAGAAUGACCUAGAUUAAAACUUCAUGCUAAAACAUUAAUUUAAAAAGUAAAAUGAACUAUUGUAAAAGUUCUGAUUUUUUUUUUUCUCUCAUGUUUUUUUGUUGUUGCAAUUGCUGGUCAAUUGUAGCCUGUAUUUCUGUGUAGAAAUAUUUUUAUAUUCAAAUGUUUCUUUUUUUCAUCACUAAAGUGACAAAGAUUUUUAUUCUGAUUUAAUAUUUCUGUACUGGACUCAUUACUGGACUUGGAUUUAUGCCAGUUAUUUCUCAAAAGUCAGUUCACAACAACACUGUUUCUACUGUUUGUUAUGAAAAGCUCCAAGCUGACUGUGGAAAAAUAAAAAAAUUUCU